GCCCCGUGCUUUAUAGGGUAGCUUUGAGUUGGAAUCGACUGUCUGGCAGUGAGUGUGUGUUCUAUAUAGACAAGGAAUGCAAAAAUCUCCCAGCCCCCAAAGAAUUCCCAGUCAUUCAUGUUUUAUUCAGACUUCCGUAAAUCACUUUCAGAAUUUAGCCUUUCCAGCUUAAGAUUUUGUGUGUAAAGGUUUUCCAACUCAAAAAGAGAAAAAUCCACUGUAAUUAGAUAUUGUAAAAAAAAAGAAAAAGAUGAGGUCAAAAAAUGAUUAUACCAAGUUUCAAGUUCACAUGCAAAAUGAUGAAAUUGAAUAUGCUGGAAUUAAUAAUAGCAACUCGAAACACAGAAAAAUCUGUAACAAUCCAAAAAGUUCCAACAGUAAGUCAUUAAAGUAUAAACCAACUCUUGACUAAUGUAAGACAGCAGUUAGUCCAUAGAAGGGCGGAUUAAACAAAGGUAAUUGCUGCUAGAGGCCUGUAAGUGCUUUACUUUCUUCAGGGACAUGUGGUCGUCAACGUGUUUUUGUUUAUAUGUAAUAAGAGUUGUGUGUAAUGAAGUUAUAGGUAAUAAAAGACAAAAAGAUGGAAUCUGAAGUGAGUGUAAGUUUUUAGCUGGAAAAGAUUGUUGGAGCCCUUAGGAGGGGACUACUGAAUCUGAUAAAAAAAACCCAAAAACGCUCUGACCCAUUUGCUCCUGAAAAUAGCAUCACCUGAUAUAAUUAUCUCUUAGAAUCAGUUAAGAUAUUGGACCAGUUCAUGAGAGUCUUCCAGGGAAUAAGUACUCAUAAGCCUUGCUGAGUGUGAGGGAGGGGUAGUAGACAGAAUGGCUUGGUUAACUCCAUGCCCGCUCAAAUUUUUGGUUGAUGGCUCAAAGGGCCAAAUAAGUGACAUGCCUCCCCAGUUCUUUAUAGAGAAUAAUCGAACUUUUUCCCCCUCUUGUGAUGAGAUGUUUUAAUGAGUCCUUGCUGCUGUCUCUUUAGAGGUGCCCUAGGGCAUCUUAAAAGAGAAGGGAUAACUGACUUGGCAGUCUACCUCAGCUUCAUCCCAGCCACUGACAAGGCACCUUCUCAGCCCUUCAGAAGGUUGUUUGAAGGAGCCUGGCUGCAUUCUUUAGGGUGGCUGAGACAGGAUUGGGGACCUCAAAGAGAAACCUGGGUGAAGGAUGGAGUCAUUGUUGCCAGGAGGGCCUCUGUUAGCCACCAGGAGGACCUUGUCACUUGAAAGAACCUCUUUCCUUCCCCUGGAAGUGGAUAGACCCUGGUACCCUGUUAGAACAUGUAGGUAAUGAUGGUCUCCAUCAGACAACGGUAGUCCCUUUCCUCCCCCCACCCCCGAAAGUCUUACAAGCUGUAGAAUUUGAAGAAGAAAGGGAGAAUUAAACCCUUGGUGUAUAUUUGAAAGACAGUCAAUCGUAAGAAAGCGGGCCUGACAUCACUCUUAUUGGCAGUUCUUUAAACCACAAGGUGGGCUUGUGGCAGCGGUGGUCUCCUGAAGGAAUUGGCAUCGAGGCGGCUCUGUUGAGGUGGUCUCUACUAUCGCCACUGAUCUGUGACCCCCAGGUCUCCUGACUAAUACCAAAUUCUGCUGUGAAUUCACUUUUUGACAUUUUUUGUUGUUUUGUUUUCCCUUGGUAAACACAUGUGCAACACAGCUGGCCCGUCGACCAUCUUCACACGAACCCUCCAUUGACAUGAGUGAGGGUCAUCGCGUGGCCCCGCCACCAGCCAUCUGCCCUCCCAGAAGCUCAGGCUCCCCUUAGUCUGGAGUCUCCUUGUCCCUUCUUCCCACGAGUAGCCAAUAUGAACUCACUUUUGACCCUGCCCUAAGCCUAAAUGCAAGACCCACCCACCGCCUGUUGUGUGCCAGGCUCCCCGACUCCCUGCAGGCCUGGGUACCAGAGUGAACCAGAGCAAAGGGCAGUGCUGUGCUGCCUCCUGGAAAGUUCCUGCCUGGUGUCUGGGCGCUGCCAUGUCGAGCCGUGUCGGCCGCCUCUGGCUCCUGUUUAAUAUUCCGCCUGCUCCGCUGAUGUUGUGCUUGGCUCCUGCGGGACUGCAAUGCAUGGCUGCUCCUGGAGCCAGUUUCCUGUCUUCAUCGCCCAGUGUUUUGACUGGAGGCAGACCCAGUUCAGUCCAAUCGGGGCUGGUGGAAACAACGACCAAGCGUCUCUGCUGGCUUGACUUGGGGAGAAGGAAAGUAGAAGGGACCCAGCAUGUUGUAGAGGGCCUGGGCCUGCAGGCACAUGCGGAGGAGAGGCUGGGGGCACUGUGAACCUGAGCUCAGUUGGGAUGAAGGUGGAGACCCCCACCCUCCUGCUUUUUUUCUUUCUUGCUUUCCUUUUUGAUUGAUUAGCAGGUUUCCAUCAAAGGAAACUCUCAGGGGAUUGACUAGAAAAUUGAUUUUUGUUCCCCCUUAUUCAUAGAAAGGAAGCGCAAGGGUUUCAGCCCUGCCUCUAAGCGGUACAUUUUCUGCAGGAAGGUCAUGAGGAGAACUGUGUUUAGGAGGCAAAGCAGCUGUCUCUGAGAGGCUGAGGGGACUGGGAGAACAAUAAGAAAGGGGGUUUUAAAGAACCGCCCCUGAAAUGCAGAUGGCUGCACCCAGAGGCUGAGCUAAUAGCGGUAAGAGAGUUUGCUGAGGUCCUUGGAAAAAAUAAUCAACUGUUUCAGGGCGAAGGGGAGGAUGAGAAGGAAAAGUUUCCUCAAAGCAAAGGAAUGAAGCCCUGGACUGGCCCCUGAUGAAGCCUGCUUUCUCUCCCCUCCCCUCUCUACCCCCACCUCCACCUUUUUUUUUUUCCAGAUCCGAGGCUGUCAGAGAUGACUCUGGUUCUGUCCAUGAAUAGAUUCUGCGAGCCCAUUGUCUCGGAAGGAGCUGCUGAAAUUGCCGGGUACCAGACGCUAUGGGAGGCUGACAGCUAUGCAGGCCCUGGUGGCCCAGGACCAGCGCAAGCCCCUCUGCAGGGAGACCGGGGAGCCGGUCCCCCACUGGCAGGAUCACAUUACCGGGGAAUUUCAAAGCCUCUAACAACAUCCAAGAUCACAUACUUUAAGAGGAAGUAUGUGGAAGAGGAGGAUUUUCACCCACCACUCAGCAGCUGUAGCCAUAAAACCAUCUCGAUCUUUGAGGAGCGAGCCCACAUCCUCUACAUGUCCUUGGAAAAGCUCAAGUUUAUCGACGACCCUGAAGUAUACCUCCGAAGAUCCGUCCUUAUAAACAACUUGAUGAAAAGGAUCCACGGAGAAAUUCUCAUGCAGAAUAACUGGUGCUUUCCCGCCUGCGCUUUCAAUGGCGCCUCUGCCCAAGAAUGGUUUAUGGCUCAAGACUGUCCUUACCGGAAGCGACCACGAAUGGCCAAAGAGGAGUGUGAAAGGUUCCAUGCCUGCUGCUUUUACCAGGAGUGUGGCGGCCACUAUCUAAAUUUACCCCUUUCUGUCAAUGCUAAUAUUGGAAGUGCCUCCACUGUCUCUUCCUCCUCUUCCUCCUCCUCCUCUUCCUCUCCCCCUCUGCCUUUACCAAGUUGUUCCCACCAGGUGGAUUUUGAGGUAGGCAGACCACCUCUGUACAAGAGUGAUGGCCAGCUAUCUGGCAGUGAAGUAUUCAUCACUCCUGCCAGGCCCCUUGGUGUUCAGGAAAAGGCCAAAUUACAUGAUGAGAAAGCCAGUAGUGGCACCGGCAGGGAUGGUGGCCUCCUAAGCCAUGAACCUGUGGGACACGACCUUGCGUUUGAGUGCAAAGGCCAGUUUUACGAUUAUUUUGAGACUGAAUGUCACGAGAAAAACAAUGUGAGUGAGUCUUGGAAAAAGUCCUUGAGGAAAAAGGAGCCUUCGCCGAAUAACAAACUGUGCUGCAGCAAAGGAAGUAAAAUAUGAGCCAUCUUUCCACAGGAACUUUGACGCAUGCACAGCAUGAUCAAUUAGCUCUCAUAAAUUUUAUUUUGAAUGGAUUUUAUAGUUUUGUACAACGGAUGAAAUUAUGCCAGGAACACGCCGUGUCGUUUUAAUGCCUGGAGAGCAGAUUGCAUAAAACAUCUGUAUAGGAGGCAUCCAAGAGCGACUCAACCAAUGUGGUGGUGUUAGCGAGAAGGCAGCUUGACGUCAUGCUUGAACGUAUCUGUCUUCGUUUUCUCACUGAAAAGAUCAGUAGAUUAGAUUGGGAAGGGCGGACAAUGUGCCCUUGUGAUAUUUCCAUUGCUUCACACCCCGCCCCCUUCCAUCCCUGCAAGGAGCCUGUCACUAGUUAAGAUCCAUCGACAUGUUUGCCAAUGAAUUAGGUAGUGAUUUGGUGAGCAGAUCGAUAUAACCAGCAAAGGAAGCCUGCUGCUUCUUUAUGAUACAGUAUUUUUUUUUUUUUUGCCUGAACAAAUGCCUGAAGACGGGGCACUAGAUGACACAGCUGCAGCGUGCUGUUCAGUGUUUGUAAUUCACCGUCUCGUGUGACAGAUGAAAUGGGAUGGAACGCAACGAGCACACCUGUCUAGCGGUGGCAAUCCACAAUCCACAGCGAGGGCAAUCCCUGCAAGUUCCUGGCUAGCCUGUGAUGGGUGAGGAGGCGUUUAGAGAGGCGUUAUACAGGGCGAAUUUUGGUGCCUUACUUGAUCUUAAUUUUUGCCAGUGUGAAAAUUAAGGGUAAAUCAAGAGUUACAGCAGGGAUUUAACACACAGAAAAAAAAAAUUUUAACACACGCACACACACAGGGUGGAUCCAUAUUGUUUGAAAACUUUGAACUAUUGCAUUCAACUUUUGAUUCAACAUCUCUGUUCUCCCUAAAUUUAUGUUUCGAUGCCCAGUCACUUUGGGAUCUGACGUGUUUGGAAAGGGGCGAUGGGGACAAUAGAGAGAGCUGUUAGAGACCAGCUUCACGGCUUCAGCGUUUCUGUGGCCACGAUCGGUUGCUGGGGUUUGGGUUUCUUUGGGGGUUUUGGUUACUCCGUUUCAUUCUGUUUCACUGUCCGAUGGAGUCCAUGGACCCGUGGCAUGCUUUAUACUUUACCCUGGUUUUGCAACAUUUCACUCCUUGAGCUUAUCGGCGCAUGUGAUUUUUUUUUUAAUAUGAUGACGUUUGCUGUUGAUUAAGAAGCACAAUGUUAAUAAAUGAUGUGGUAAUCGAUAAGGUUUGAUCUUAAAGAAUGUAAAGACUAGUUUGGGCAGAGUUAUUUUGGAGAAAUGGGACUGGCACAUUUGGCCAUCGUUUUCCUCAGUAUUUCUUUGAUGCGUACGUCCAUACGCAUGUUCAGAGUUCCCCUCUGACCACCCCCACCCCCACCCCCACUCUCCAGCCAGCCCCUCCUACUAACGUGUGUUCCCCUUCGAAAGCUCACUGACUGACUCUGGCUUCCUUAAAACAAGGCUUCCCGGGAACCAAAUGCCAAAUGGAGGGGAUCACAAAGUCCUCCCAGUUUCUCCAAGAUAAAAGCUUUGUUAUUAUUGCUGUCAAUAUUGAAUAUCGGUCUCAUUCAUACAGUGUAUGAGUAGGGUCAUCCUUUUGGACAAGUGUCCACAGGACCAAUUUUUAAUCCGUGUUCUUGUGUUAUAGCUAACUAGUCUAGGAAUGUUUGUUCUUUAUUUUCAAUAUUUGAUAAACAUUUGAUGGUGGAAACCUAGGUGAUAGAUGCUUGUAUAUGAAUGUGUUGUAAUAAAGUGAGGUUUUCUUGAUAUAUAUUUAUUAAAAUGAUCAAAAUUCA